UACAUCUCUCUACUUCUUCGUUUCCCGGUAUCCGUUUUUUCAGUACAUGUAGCUUGCGUGACAUUCUAUGAAUAAAUGCGUGACAUGUUACCAAUCUGAAUCGAAUGUUUCAACUGAUCACCCUCGUCCAACAGUGAUUUCGGGCUAUAGAAAACCAUGGACGUCUUUAUGAGCUAUACUGAAAGACAGAUAUGAUGUCCGAGAAUUCGCAAACAACCAACACUCAAAAGAUUUUCGUGUUUGUCACAGUUGGACUAAAUUUGUUGGUCACUGUCGCUGAAUUCCUGCAGCGUUUCCUCCGAUUCCUCUUGAAUUUUAUAUUAUGCAUCGUGUCGUUGUUAGAGGCAGUGAUCACGGUCUUGUUACAGAUGUUAAAAAUAGUCCAAGAUAUUGUCAGGGCAUUAUUCACGUUUGGUUCACUAUUGCAUUUUGUUGGACAUAAUCUGGGUGUGUUGGGAACAUUCUUGCUGGUUCUCGGUAUCUUCACAUAUGCUUGCUAUUUGGACCCUAAUACUCGCGUACUGCGUGUGAUAUCGGUAUGUAUUUGGAUUGUUGUUGUGCCACUUUGUAUUUAUGCAUAUCUGAAGAGAGCCAUAUCUCGGCUCAAAAAUAACAUAAGAAUAAUUCAAGACGACCAAGAAGCUGAGAACCAUGAAGGAGUAGCCAUUAGGACGACAAAUAUUAUCCGAUACAUAGUCGAUAAAUGCACCGAGACUGAACAUCGGAUUGAUGAACAAACUCAAAAGGAUUCUCCAAGCGACAGGGAAAGCGAAGACUUUGCUGGAUUCGGAGGAGAGGAUUUCUCGGGGGCGAUGGGAGAGGGGACGUUCUUAAGGGGGCAAAAGGAUGGAGGAGUUGGAGUCGACACUAUAAGUGAUGGCGGAGAAGGUUCUCCGGAGGACCAAGAAAACGAAGGGUCGAAAGGAAAAGGAAGGAAAAGGCGUGUACGACCGAAAAUUUGACAUCUUUUAUGACCAUCGCAGAGGAUGAUUCCAAUUACAAAGCUAAACCCCAAAAUACGUAUAAAUGACAAAUCAAUAUAAUCAAUAAAACU